AUGUUGGCAAGUUUCAUCGCCUCCCGCAUCACAGGCACCUACAGCUUCCUCUUCGUACCCCUGCUCCUCCCGACUUCCUACGCCGCAGCGCUCCUACCUCCGCACCUCCAGCUCCUCCCUAACGACGAGAACGACGCCCCGUCCACCUCGACAUUCAAGUCGUCUACUUUGAAGCGACCGUCGACUCCAGAGGGGUAUGCGUGGGUCGUUGUGGUGGCUGGGGAACAGAAGGGUACGGGGAUGAGUGUGCCUGGUGGGAGAUCGACUUUCUUUGUGAGAAUCGCUUGAACUCGACUCCCUAGGCUCAGCCGCGCGAACGUCAAUUAUCUAUCACACGAGCGCUGAAAUCCUCGCUCACGAACGCUAUGGUAGGAAGCCAAACUUGAAAUUCCUUACGUCAGCCUCGUCGAUCCUCCCUGCUCAACUUCCACCCCACCGAAGUUGACGCACAAGCAAACCCUUCUCUUCUCCUCGUGGAGCAUGGCCUUGUCCUCGGAUAGGAUCACCGGACUGAGAUCGCAUCAUGCUGAAUUCCAAGUGGAGGAGGAAGAACAUGGGGUUAUGGGAGACUAUGAAGUCAAGGACUGGAUGAGGUUGGAAAGAAGGGAUGCGGAGGCAGAGGCGGAGGCGGCGGGAGGGAUUGAGCUUCCCAAGUGGAGAGAGGAUGUGGUCAGGGAGGAGAUCACAGGGUGGUGGGUCGGUGAAAGGACGGGCGCGAUUGCUACGAGAGUGAGUGAGGCCUCUCCUUCUUGUGAUGAGCUAUUUCUACUCUGUAACGCCUUGAUUUACCCCUCCUGCAGUUCACGAUGGAUCCGAACCACCCUCCGACCCGACUCGAGCGGAUCAAAGUCCGACUCAACCUCGCCCAAUUUGCUCACCAAUCGAUUGAACAAGUCCAAGCACACUUCACAGCCAAGGAAGCAAACAAGAUUGAUGAUCAAGGAUGGUACGAAGUCGAAGCGAGUGGGUGGCAAUGCGAGGAAAGGACGGCGAUGAAGGCGACUCGGCUGGCCGAAUUGUGA